AUGUAUAUGCGCUCCGAAAAGGAACCGUCGAACCCGGUUGGAAACAAGAAAGAGGUCAUCAUCCCUCCGCCCGAAAAAACCACGCAUAAGACGCCAAGAUGCUAUCACGAGUCAUCCCCUUGCCGAGAUGACUCCUGUCGCACGACGAGAUCGGGAAGAAUCUGGGGAAUCAUGCGAGGGCAGAUCGCCAUGCAUCUCCGCAGUGUUCAUUCUCGGAUCAGGAGAUAUUCGAGAUCAUUGCCGAUAUCCGAAGGACCCCCUGACGAGCCGCCUCUCCGAAACAGAAGUACGCUUCGCCGGAAGAACAAACGCCCACUUCUGCCAAGCCCUCGCCGAGCACCUGCGGGCGAUGCCCUAACAUGGUUCGGCAACCUCCGGGCCGACUCCAUCGACAGCUUCGACGAUCUGGCAGCCGCCUUCCUAAAGCAACACCUCCGUUUCGCACUAGACGACCUCGUCUUUUGCAAAACCGACGAUGAUACGAUCUAUGGUCUCGGCAAAUUCGGCAAAUUGCGGCUCCGAGUCUAUCAGCUGGAAGACAACCUAGGACCAUUCCGCAUCGCGAAAGUCGUCAAACCAGGAGUCUAUCAGCUGGAAGACAACCUAGGCAUCACUGAUCGCCUCUGGAGCUCAUCGGAUCUGCGCAAGUUCCACGUAACGAACUACGAAUGGCUUGAUCCCGGCACGGGUACGUAG